AUGAUGUCCUCAUCCUAUCCGACGGGAUCAGAUCUCAUCUCGUCGGUAAUAUAUUUCGCUCCGUCAACUAGUUCGAGUACGGUGUUCAACACACCUGCUUCUCGUUAUUCGACUGCAACACAAACCACAUUUGGUGGUGGAAGCAAUCGACAUAAAGGAUUUGUUUCAUUUCGAUCACAAGAUGAAGAUCAACAACCAGAUGAUGAUUGUGAAGAAGGAGCUCCAUUGUUGAAAGCAGUGCAGCAUACUUCCUCCGCUAGAAAUCACAUCAAUAGAAAAACUCAAUAUGAACGACCGUAUGGUUUCGGAGGAUCAACAGCAACAAUAGACCAGCCAAUCAAAUAUGGAACUCUUCCUUCGUCUGCAAAUCAUAAUAAUAUGUAUUCACAUUAUAAUAGUGGAACGCUAAAAUCAUCAUCCUCUCCUAGAGAUUCUGGAUUCGAUAGUUCACCUACAAGAUAUAGGAAAUUUGGAGAUCCACCAGAAACUGCAGCCUCAUCAGCAGAUUAUGAUCAUCAUUCGAAAAUGUUCAGCAGAUCUUCGAAUCCCCUAUUCACAACCGAUCCUUCACGGUUAGGCGGCGAAUUAAUAUCAACGAAAAUCGUGAAAGGAGCAAAAGGACUCGGAUUCACUUUGAUUGGAAACGAUGCUUCUAGCAGAGGAGACGAAUUCAUUCAGGUAAAAUCAGUGCUAACUGGUGGUCCCGCAGCUGCGAAUGGAGUUCUCCGAUCUGGUGAUAUUCUUGUUCGAGUCAAUGGACGUCUUCUAUUAGGUGCAACACAAAAAGAAGCAUGUGAUGUGUUUGUUGCGAUUCCGAUCGGUGAAGCAGUUGAUAUUCAAGUAUGUCGAGGAUACGAACUAUUCAUUGACCCUACGAAUCGAAUCAUCACUGAAAAUGUGUAUGCUGCUGCCAAGAAUCGUGAUCUUCAUGAAAUUGAUAUUUAUAAAGGCCCUGAAGGAUUUGGAUUCACGAUCGCGGACAAUUUGAAUGGCCAGAGAAUCAAGAAAAUUCUUUUUCCGUCACAAUGUCCUAAUCUGAUGGAAGGAGAUACAAUAGUUGAGCUAGAUGGAAGAAACGUUCGACCGAUUCCUCAUACUCAACUCGUUGAUAUGCUGCGGGAACGACCUAUUGGAUAUCGUGGAAAACUAGUUGUUCGAAGAGGAUCACCGAAAACGAGAUCACGAACGCCAUCUGCCGCAUUCCGAUAUGGCGAGCCACCAUCAAAUAUGCCGGAUUCCGCUGCACCUGUUCCUGGAAGAUCCAAAACUCCAGCUGGACGUCAAUCAUCAAGAGCUGAAGAAGAGCAAACGUUUAGGAAUACGCUGCAAAGACAACCUGCCGUUACAUCAGAAUGGGAUGGAAUGAAUGGUUCUGCGCCAGCAAGUCGAAUGAGACCAUCAUCAACAACUCUUGGAUUCGCCACUCCGAACUACAUUCCAUUGAGCCAGUAUAAUCAAAAACCAUCUGAUUUGAUUACUGUAUCGCUGAUUCGAAAACCUGUCGGUUUUGGAUUCCGACUUCUAGGAGGUGUUGAGUCUAAAACUCCACUUUCGGUUGGUCAAAUUGUGAUUGGAGGAGCUGCAGAAGAAGACGGUCGAUUGAAUGAAGGAGAUGAGAUUGUUGAAAUCGACGGACACAAUGUUGAAGGUGCUUCUCAUUCAGAAGCUGUUGUACUUCUUGAAGCGGCAGCUCAAAAUAAACAUGUGAAGCUAGUUGUGAGAAGAUCAACGAGGAUAGACGCAGCGCGACGUGGAUCAUUGAAUUCAGCAGGACCUUCUGGAUCGUAUGACGUUCUUCUCCAUCGAAAUGAUAACGAUGGUUUUGGAUUCGUCUUGAUGUCUUCUCAUCAUAAAAAUGGAUCAACAAUCGGACAAAUUCAACCAGGAAGCCCCGCUUCUCGAUGUGGAAGACUAUCUGUUGGAGAUCGAGUGAUAGCUGUCAAUGGAAUCGAUAUUUUGAAUCUAGCCCAUCCGGAUAUCAUAGCUCUAAUUAAAGAUUCUGGAUUGUCUGUUCGACUUACGAUAGCUCCACCAGACACUGCUGGACCAGUUCUUCCAGUUGUAUCUGCAACUCUAGGUCGUAACUUCACAAUGAAUGGACACUACGAAUCAAAUAACUACGGUCUUCCACCACCGCCACCAUCAAUCUAUGAAAAACAUCCGCCACCGACAUAUCUUCCAUUCGAAGGACUUUCCAUUAACGACAGAAUGCCAAUGGACGGAAAUCUAAUCGAUGUAUCUCUUGAACGUGGCACCAAAGGUUUCGGAUUCUCAAUUCGUGGAGGGCAAGAGUUUGGAUCAAUGCCACUGUUUGUUCUACGAAUUGCAGAUGACGGACCUGCCAAAGCUGAUGGAAGAUUACAGGUUGGAGAUCAAUUAACCACAAUCAACGGCCAAUCAACCAAAGGCAUGAGCCAUGACGACGCGAUUCGAAUAAUUAAACAACAUGCUAUAGUUAAUUUGACAGUUUUACGCAACAGAUUGCCAUAG